GCCCUUACCCAUUGGUCGCCUCAGACACAGUAGCUCUCUCCCUCUCGCUCUCUCAUAAAUGCGCUCCCACCGCCGACCGUAUCAGAUAAUCACAGGCCACUGAGCGAGGGGACACACCUUCCGCAGACCUUUUUUUUCCUCAGUGCCACAGUUUAACCAGGGAAUGCGUUUUGAUUUCCACGGAGACGGGGUCAUCAGUCCGUGAUUUGAGUCGUGUUUUUGCAGCUCGCGAGCUCCGCAAUUUUGACUCUUUUUUUUUUUUUUUCCUUCCUCCUUUGCGCGUAGGUUACGAGACUGCUCCGCUUCGACGCGAGAAUGACCGGGGUGUUUGAGAACUUGAAUACCGAUAUGCAUUCGAACCAGAUUACCUCAGGCAAUUACCACAGCUUGCACAAAUCGCAGGAGUCCCCGACCCUGCCGGUGUCCACGGCGACGGACAGCAGCUACUAUAACAGCCAGCAGCCGGGUCACUUCGGCCAGCUCGGCACCUACCAGUACCACGGCGGCCCCACGAGCACUGUGGCAUAUAACGCAAAGUCCUACGACCUUGGUUUCAACUCAACAUAUGGUGCAUACAGCGCAUACGGCUCCAACCCCUCUCCUACUCCAGCCGACACAGAGAAAGAAGAGAGCGAGCCAGAAAUCCGGAUGGUUAAUGGAAAACCAAAGAAGGUCAGGAAGCCACGAACCAUUUAUUCCAGCUUCCAACUGGCUGCACUUCAACGAAGGUUUCAAAAGACGCAGUAUUUGGCUCUACCAGAACGGGCCGAGCUGGCAGCUUCGAUGGGCCUUACCCAAACACAGAUCAAAAUCUGGUUCCAAAACCGUCGCUCCAAGUUCAAGAAGUUGUGGAAAAGUGGAGAAAUGCCCCCAGAGCAACACGUUGCCUCCAGCGAGUCCCCCCCGUGCGCGUCUCCGCCAACUACUGCCUGGGACUUUCCACAGACUCAGAGAAUGAACAUUGUCAACUCCAGUUUACCUCAGAGCUGCAGCCCUCCCAACACGACUGCGCCCUCGUCCUUUUUGGCGAACUACUCCUGGUACUCAGGCACGAACUCUUCGGUGCAUCUGCAGCCUCCUCUGGUCCAGCACCACCACAACUCCGCCAUAAGCGCUGGGACGAUAUUCUGAAAAUUACAAUAAUAAUAAAAAAAAGCAUCGGGUUUAAAUCGGACGAUACUGGUGAAAUAAACGAAAAAUGCCAUUACCUUCAUUUUGCAGACCUAGCGUGUGCGCAAUGCGAACUUUACGCAUCAAGGAGAAGUUAAUGGAGCCAGACAGGUUCAUGGACCAUGUAGACACAAAUUUCUACAGUUAUUUUUGUAUUUAUUUAUUUUGUGUUUGUCGAGGGAUGAAUGAACCACUAUUACCCAAAGCAAUCACAGCCUGGGCUUGUGCCCACUUUUACGCGGACGUCACUUUUUUUGCCAUUCCUGCAAAUGAUAAAACACCUACCGCAGGACGAGCCUGUCACAGAUGUAGCACAAGUUAACUGUAUCGUGCCUUUUUCAACAUGACCUCAUUUUGUUGUGAGAUGAUUAAAAAAGACAACUUACCUUUAUCCAUAAUGUCAUCAGUUGGUUUGAAUAUAUUUUGGGGGGUAAGUGUGUGAAUCCACGUUUGUAAAUAUUUUACCACAGCUUUUUUGAUGACGCUUUGACUGUUUUUUUAAGGCUAUUGGUGCAAAUCCAUUAACCACCGUAAGCUACUGAUUGUCCCUCCCUCUGAUUUUCUUGUAUCACCCUUUUAAUUGUAUUUUGGUCUUAUUUAUUUUAGCAGUGUUUCAUAUAUGGACAGACGUUAUUUAAAUAAAAUGUGUUCUGUGCAGAGCCCA